UGUAUUGGUUUUUAUUUCUUCCCUACGAAAUUUUCGCAAUACUUUAUCAAAUACCAGUAAUAAAUUGUUAAUUCAAUAAAUAAAUUAUAUGAUUUGUGAAAAUUAACAUUAUAAACUACCAGAAAAUAGUGAUACUUGAAUAAUGAAUGUAAAAAUUAAGCUCUAAAACGAAUAAUACAUAAAUUGUAAUCGAAUACUAGGGAGUAGUACAAAGACGAAGAAAAAAAUAAAAAACAACGUACAGGGUGACCCUUAUAAAAAUAUUUACAAAAAAGAAAAAAAAUAAUUGCAUGACGAAUAUUUUUGUUGUGAUUGAUAGAAAAGACAAGGUUCACUCAAAACUCACAAAGUGAAUAUUUAUAAUAGUAGUUAGUGGUUGCUGUAUUAAAAGCGGAUAUAUGAGGCCAGAGAUUACUGCAUCAUUGGGCAGUUGUAGAUUAUGAGAUGCAAACACGACGACGUCUACAUCAACACGAUACUACGGGAACACAGGAAGAGGGUUAUCCUCUAAUAGCACAACAACAGCAGCAGCACCAAAAUACAAUUAAUAUUAACUAUCCACAAAAUCCUCUAUUUGUACCAGCAAACGGUGGCGUUGGUGGCUCUACAGCAACAACACCUUUACUAAAUUCCGCUGCUUAUCAGCAGCAGCAACCACAACAAUCUUCCAUACAUAUAGGAGACAAUUUUGGAUAUCCCAAUAACCAAGUGCCUAUAGACGACGCAGACGAUAAGUACGGCAAAGCAGGACGUCAGUGGAAUUUACGUUCACUGUCCAAUCGUAUUCAGGCCACUUCGGGACAAGCUUUGCGCACAUUUAUACAACAACCUCUAACUGCUGCUGCGGCUGUUGUAACUGGCAACUAUCAGGAUUCUACUGAAACAACAUCAGGAGUAACUGGUUUAUACGAUAAUAACAACUUUACGAAUAAAGCUCAUCCCAUUCAAGAACUCGACGACGACUUUGAGGAAUUGUUUGACAAGGAAAGUGUAGUAGUCAUGGCAGCCAGAGAUCGUACGGGCGAAUUUAACAAUGCGAUUAGAUCGCUUCAGUCUCGUAACAUAUCGAGAGCUGUUAAUAUACGGGAUCCACGCAAGGCUAAACAAGUACAAAGCUAUUCGGACUUUAUGAUGGUGGCAAAGAUGAUUGGCAAAAAUAUUGCCAGUACUUAUGCCAAAUUGGAGAAGUUAACUUUGUUGGCUAAAAAGAAGAGUCUAUUUGAUGAUCGACCCCAGGAGAUCCAAGAACUUACCUACAUCAUUAAAGGUGAUUUAAAUGCAUUGAAUCAACAAAUUGCACGUUUGCAGGAAAUAUCUAAAGAUCAGCGUCGUACUAACAAUGGCAAGCAUUUGGUAUCACAUUCCUCCAACAUGGUCUUAGCCCUACAAUCUAAACUGGCCAGUAUGAGCACUGACUUCAAACAGAUUCUAGAAGUACGUACGGAAAAUCUAAAACAUCAGAAAAACAGACGUGAUCAAUUCGCUCAAGGCCAACUCUCCGUAAAUUCAGUAUCAUCGUCCACAGCUAAACAGGGUUCUCUACUCUUAAGUGAAGAGAAUCAAGCGGUUAGUAUUGAUAUGUCAGCGACAAGUGAUACACAACCACUGCUGGGACCACCAGCCAGAAUACAAACCCAGCAACAGAUCGCCUUAUACGAUGAAUCAGACAAUUAUGUACAACAACGAGCAGAGACUAUGCAGAAUAUUGAAUCUACUAUUGUUGAAUUGGGCGGUAUAUUCCAGCAGUUGGCUCACAUGGUCAAAGAGCAAGAGGAAAUUGUUGAACGCAUUGAUACUAACAUACAGGACGCGGAAUUAAACAUUGAGGCGGCCCAUGGAGAAAUUUUGAAAUAUUUCCAAUCAGUAUCGAAAAAUCGUUGGCUAAUGAUUAAGAUAUUUGGUGUUUUAAUAUUUUUCUUUAUAUUUUUUAUUGUUUUUAUGACAUAGUAAAUUUUGCAAUUUUUUGUUAUGGCUUUUCAAAAUACAUAUACAUAGAUUGAACGAUAUUUUAUGGAUCUAAUCUAUUAUAAUGAAGAAUAUGGGUCCUCUUGUUGCCUACAAUAUUUUUAUCAAGAAAUUACAAACAAAAAAAACAA